UCCUGGUCACCCGGACGUUCGGUAAACCCGGACGUGGAGCAGGGAUCGCUGCUCUGAUUCUCUGAUCCUCUCUCGGAAUUCAGUCUUUCAGCAUUUGCCUUUUGAGCGACUGCUUCUUGUGGGAAGUGUCGCCAGAGCUGACUCUUGAAGGACUGGGGAACCUAACCGGGGCAGGGAGGAGGGGGCGCAGGUACGUUCCGGAGCUGCCCACAGCUCGGCAGGCCAAGGAGAGAGGAAUGGGAUGAGGGAAGAAAGCUGAAAAGAGGACACUGAGCAAAGACAAAGGAAAGAAAAAAAUCAGGAGAAAAGUAUCAAAGAAACUGGUCCAGUGCUAAAUGUAACAGGAAGCUCAGUAAAGAUGGCGACGCCCUGACCGUACGUUACAGGCAACACCACUUCCGCACUUCUCGUGCCCUGGUCCAAGAUGGCUGACGAGGCCACUCGCCGUGUUGUGUCUGAGAUCCCAGUGCUGAAGACAAACGCCGGACCCCGAGAUCGGGAGUUGUGGGUGCAGCGACUAAAGGAGGAAUAUCAGUCCCUUAUCCGGUAUGUGGAGAAUAACAAGAAUGCAGACAAUGAUUGGUUCCGACUAGAGUCCAACAAGGAAGGGACCCGGUGGUUUGGGAAAUGCUGGUACAUCCAUGACCUCCUCAAAUACGAGUUUGACAUCGAGUUUGAUAUUCCUAUCACAUAUCCUACUACUGCUCCAGAGAUUGCAGUUCCUGAGCUGGAUGGAAAAACAGCAAAGAUGUACAGGGGUGGCAAAAUAUGCCUGACUGAUCACUUCAAACCUUUGUGGGCCAGGAAUGUACCCAAGUUUGGACUAGCUCAUCUCAUGGCCCUGGGGCUGGGUCCAUGGCUGGCAGUGGAAAUUCCUGAUCUGAUUCAGAAGGGUGUGAUCCAGCACAAAGAGAAAUGCAAGCAAUGAAGACUCAAGCCACUGAGAAGGGAUAGAGGGACCUUUGAUGGGCCAUGUUUCUGUUUUCUUGUGUAUGGCUCUUAUUCAUCUGACUGCUUCCCCCCCCCCCUUACCCUCUACCUCUGGUUGUUACUAAGUAGCUGCCACAGGCAUUGCUGGGGGGAAAAAACUAGCAACACACUAAUGUCAGAGUUUCUAAAUUAGGCUGUACGGGGAGAGGUAAGACUUGGGCUUUGGGAAUCCAAGAGGCAAUUUAUAUCCUCUCCCCAGAUAGGACAAUGGAGGCCUUUUUCCCGGAAUCAUAGGGGGAAAAUGAGUACAUAGCCCUUUUGGUUUCUGGAGAUAAUCCAUCAAUAAAAGCUGCUUCCUGUGGUAGCCUGUGGUUUUCA